GUCCGUUUUAUCUCAACUAACUUCCGAUUGCCCUACACGUGUCUUUUUAAUCGUCUCACCACGUGACAGCUCACGUGAUUAUAACAGAACCAAUAAUGUUAUUAAAAGUAAAUAAAUGUAUAAUGUAAAACGUCAUGCACUAGAUUAAUGUUUUCUACAUCCUCCCCAACCGGAAAGAUUCGCUAACAGUUUAAAUGUUUCGCUAUGUAUACUGUUCGCGAAUUCUCCGCAAGUUUUCUCCAUCGAUCGCUGCCUUCCUCGUUGGUCUUCUACUUCCUUUUCGCUCAUCCGCUCUUGACUCGGUCUCAGUCGUGUUAUGCUGUUCUGCGUUCCUAUCGUUGUCAUCCCCUUCAUGCUUGUCGACGUCAUCCUGGACGAUCUCGAAAGGUAUUAGCUUUUGUAACGGUCUGUGAACCGACGACUGAGCUCCACCCUUUGAUAGAACCUUCAAUUUAGCUCCCCUGACCAGUCCAUCACGUCCUUUCAUCAGCUGCAAGACUCUUCCAAUCCUCCACUGUGCCCGAGGUGCUGGUUCAUCCUCUUUAAUCAAAACAACAUCACCAACGGUCAGACCUCGCGUAUUGGUUUUCCUUUUCCGGUAGAGGUUCAUUUGUCUCAGCUCGUUCAAAUAUUCCCUUCGAAACCGCGUCCAACAAUCUCUCAAAAUUUUCCGUAAGUGUUUCAACCGCUGUUUGUACUGUCCAAGGCUCGCCGUAAGUAUGGUAUCCGUGAUUUUCAUCCGAUUGCAUCCGUCUUUGUCUUCGAACAAAUUCAAUGAAGCACAAACGUUAGCAAAAUUUGAUUGUCCUUUUAUCUGAGAUUGUUCUUCUUUAAUCCACAUGUGUAACACUUGCUCGUAUUCGUCAGCCGUUAGAACGUUCUCCGUGAUUAAGUUUCCAUGGUUCUUCGUUCGUUUUCGCAAAUUGUUCAAGAAUCUUAUCACGUAACCAGUGGUGACAACCAACUUGUUCAACGAGCUAUACCGAGUGCAGUCUAUGACAUCAGACAAUGAACACGUUUCGCCUGAUAUGUCAUUCCGUGUCGCGUUGUUGAAAAGAACAUCAGAAGAAUGACUAACCUCUUCCACAACCUUCCCGCCCAAAGACGUUUGAUCACAAAGGGUAUCACUUCUCUCGCCUCUGUAUGCAGAAGGUUGAGACAACAACACCGAAGGACCAGUAAACCAACAUCCUGAGAAACACUCAACUAGACUAGUUGAUAUCCUAGUGGGGAUAUCUGCAGGAUUCAGUUCUCCUUUAACAAAAUUCCACCGCUCACGAUCGACAACCUUUCUAAUGGUGACAACUCUAUUCUCCACCCAAGGUUCCCAGCUUCGCUCCUUUCCCCUUAUCCAACUCAACGCCACCUCUGAAUCCGACCAACAGAAUAUUUCAUCCAACUCUACACGCCCUCGUAUACCAAGUACAACCUCAUUGAUCAACUUGCUCAAUAACAAACACCCCAAUAGUUCCAACCUGGGAAUAGUAAGGGUUUUUAAAGGCGCCACCUUGGUUUUCGCCGCCAAAAAAGACACUUUUGCACUUUUACUGCAAACAAACCGCAGAUAAAUGACCGCACUAUAGACUUCUUUUGAACUAUCACAAAACCCGUGAAGUUCAACUCGGAUUCCGGAAUGAAAAUUUAAAUGAAAAACAAACCGAGGUUGUCUUACUUCCCGCAGAGAUUUUAAUUCAUCUAAAAACUUGUUCCAAAUUGACGCAAGUGCCGGUGGGAUAAGGUCAUCCCAAUUUAAUUUGUCUUUACAUAACAACUGAAAUAUUGUUUUGAUUCUGGCGGUGACGGGAGCAAUCACACCCAAUGGAUCGAAAAUUGAGGCCGAUGCACUCAGUAAAUUCCGCUUGGUUUGCUUCAGGCUCGCACAUUUGCUCAAGAAAUUAUCGAACUGAAAAACAAACUCAUCCGUGAUGGUAUCCCACGCAACACCUAAGACAGCCUGAUUUGGCGUAACUAAAUUAGGCGACAUUACCUCGACAUAAGUAAGAUCUUCCCCUAGGGGUUGGGAAUUAGGUUUGUCACCCAUUGUCGAUGAAAUAUAUGCUCGAAGUUCUGGAUCGUUAGUUACCCACUUACGUAAUUCAAACCCUCCCUCUAGCAUAAUGGCUUUACUAGUCUCAUAUAUUUCCUUAGCUGUACCAACGCUAUCGCCUCCACUAACCAAAUCAUCUACGUACAAAUCCUCGCGAAUACGCUCUACGACUGCAUUCUCCUUCUCUACAUACUUGCUAAGGUGGUGCCUCAACGUCGCGUUUAACAAGAAAGGACUACUCGUUAGUCCAAAAACUACCCGUAAAAAUCUGUAAGUGAUUAUUUUUUCCUCUUUAGAAUUGAGGUCAUACCACAAAAACCGUACAAAAUCUCUAUGCUCCCUAGAUAUAGCGAUGUUAAGGAACGCCUGUUUUAUAUCUGCUAGGAUGCCUAUCUUAUUAAGCCUAAAUCUCACUAGGAUGUCAAAUAUCUUGGCAAUAAGAUUUGGUCCUGAAUACAAACAUUGGUUAAGUGAGGGGCCGUUAACCUGACACGAAGCGUCGAAAACUGCCCGAAUUUUCGUAGUCUGCUUGUCCUCACGCACGACCGGUCGAUGCGGGAGAUAAUGGACCCCACCUACUUCCCCAGCAAUCUCAUGUGAAGGAACGCGUUCAAUUAUUCCGUUUUUCUCGUACUCUGUAAAGAUCGUAUCAUACUCCCUGAGAAUUCCUUUGGAUGUUAAACGCCGUUUUAGAGAUGUUAAACGCCCUUCACAUACACUAAAGUUGUCUGGCAGCUGCUCAUGGUCUGGCUUAAAGGGUAAUUUCGUUACAUAUCGGGUCCCGUCGUGCCCUAUGUCAUUUUCAAACUGACUGACCACACAGUCACUGGAGGAGCCUAUAGUCUCCACGGACCAAAAUUUAUCUAAAACUUGUCGUAAAGCGUCUGAUGUUUCUUUACAUUCAACUGAGGCACGUAGGAUAUGGGUCUCGAAACAAUGCAGGUCAGGAGGACCUGUCCCAAUUUUGCCACUUACUACCCAUCCCACCUUAGUUCCGCAUGCUACUGGACCCGCCUUACUUCGCACAACCUUUCCUGUCAUGAACGUGUGGUAAUAAUCUACCCCGAUUAAAAUUCCUACUGGGAGGUUUGGAGAAUCGCCUUCAUGGUCAGCCAAUUCCAAGUCCUCAAAUUCUUCCAAAUCAUGCGUUUUUGAGAUAUAUUGAUUAGUAAGAGGGCUGCAAAUUGUGGGAACACAUAAAACCUCAACACUGGUGCACCUAGAAUCAGAUUUAUUCUUAACUUUGACCUGAACGACAUCUAGUCUCUUAACCUUGCUAUCAUUGUCCUGACCAAAGGUCUUAAUUAUGACCUUUUCUGACCUGAUCGACUUUAACUGCAACCUAGCUCUAACCUUAUCAGAAAUGUAAGACCGCUGGCUUCCACUAUCAAACAAAAUCCUGGUAGCUACUUGAGUACCAAUAUUCUCCUCAUCAUAGACCUGUACUCUAGCUGUUUGUAAUAAUAUUCCCUGCUGGUCACAGCCAGUAUGACCUACAAAUUCCCUACUCUCCUCAUCCUCUUUGCUCCCAUUCUCCUUACUUGCAUUUCGUCUGCCCGAAGCUGCCUCACAAAUGGAAAUGUGGUGUUUACCCUUGUUGCACCGCUUACAAACAUAAGUUGCCGUACAAUUUUUUGCUAUAUGUCUCGAAUCUAAACAAAUAAAACAUCUCCCUUUUUUCCGCAAUAUGUCUUUCCGAGAAUGGUGAUUCGAGACCUUACUACACCUAGAUGGAAGAUGUCCCCCCUCAUUACAAUAUAUACAGGGGGUUUUACUAGUUUGACUGAAUAACCCACUUGCUGUAUAGGGCUCCCUUUUCCUGAAAUUGUCAGAUCUACCAUCUGAUUUAUUACUCAAUGAGAAAUUACAAUCUUCUUGAGCACGAAGCUCAUUGUUAAAAAAUUCCAUAACCUUAUCUAAGUUCCAUACUUUACCACAAAACUGUCUCGAAAUAAUCAUAUUAAUCUCAUCGGGCAAGCGGUCCUUUAAAAUUGGAAUGAGAAGAGAGCCAUACCCACUGGUGUCAAGCUUAAGAGAUUUCAAGUUCCUCAUACAGUUUUCAACAUGACUGUACAACAUCCUUAACCCCUUAAUGUUAUCAACUGACUUAAUUUUAUUAAUUUUAAGUAGAGACUCCAUAUGUGCAGAAAUGAGCACCUGCUCAUUCCCAAAUCUAUCCUUUAAAACCUGAACUGCCUCCUGAUAAUUAUCUGAAGUUAAAGUCAACCCUGAAAUAGCCGCAAGAGCUUCCCCUUUCACACAACCUUUUAAAUAAUUGAAUUUAUCAAUAUCACUUAUGUUUAUAUUACUGUGGAUCGACACUUGAUACUGAUCCCAGAACCCCUGCCAAUCUAAGGGUUCCCCCGUAAACUCUGGUAAUGCUAAUUUUGGCAGCUUACAAUGCGCAGGACUUCUAUUUGUGCUUAAACCGGCUGCACCUAAGGAAUAACUUGCGCUAUUAAUAUUACUUUGCCCUUGCUUAAUUUCUUCAAGUUUCAAAUCCGCCUUUGCCAAAACUUGGUGACAAGGUUUUAAAGCUUUCAUGUGACGAAUAAUUUCCGGCUCAAUGUCCUUUGGAUCUAUCAAGGAUAAUAUUUCAUUGUGCACAGUCGCCAAUUGUUCGAUGAUACUAGCCACAUUGUUUCUCAACCCAAGGAGUUUAGAUUGCUCGCAAUCACCGCUUUCCGAAGAAACAUACUCGUUUAAUUCACUUAAAAGAGUUUUCAAAUACGCGCCGAGACCAAGGUGUCUGCCUUUAGCCCUUGCUAAUUUUUCCUCCAUGACAAAUAUGAAAUAUGAGAUACCGACUACACAAUACACACUGUGGACGCGUUUUUACAAUACAACGCUACGUAUGACAAUUAGACACAAAAAAUAUAUAGAAUUUCUAACAUUUACUAUAUCAUAAAACAUAUACACUUCAGAACAAUGUACAACCCCAAAGGGAUCUCUCAAAAGGAAAGAAUUUACCUCUAACCACGAUAUCGACCAACCGACACGCUCGCGAAUGACUCACAGACUCGUGUUCACUGUAACACUGUCGUCGACUUAAACGCACAAUUAUUGAUACCUCGUAUUCCGUAUGAUGUUCUGCCGUGUCCCCUAUCGGGCUCCAUGUAAAAAGCAAUCUCACACUUGCUUUUUAUAUAGUUAUUUUAAUAUAAAUAACGCAACAUAAAUUUACAUGUUGUCCGUUUUAUCCCAACUAACUUCCGAUUGCCCUACACGUGUCUUUUUAAUCGUCUCACCACGUGACAGCUCACGUGACAGCUCACGUGAUUAUAACAGAACCAAUAAUGUUAUUAAAAGUAAAUAAAUGUGUAAUGUAAAACGUCAUGCACUAGAUUUUCAACGUUUUCACACUUUGCUUCUAACAUUGACGCCAUUCCAAAGCUUAAUAAUGGCAAACCAACACAAGAGCGACUUUAAUAUCACCCGUGAAAACAUCGCAAUCUUUGGACUUUUAAAUUUUACAGGAAAUAUUACAUUAGUUUGGGAAGGAUACAGCUUCUCUGUUGUGAAUGUGAUUUCAAAACAACUUUCGUGCUACGGUGAAAAAAAGUUUCAAUCACGUGAAUACAAAAUUGUUCGGGAAAACGGGAGUUUCGUUGUUAAUGAAACGGGGGAAGUACUUCUGCUCGACGAUUAUACUUUAGUUGAAGAAAAUGGUGGAAAUAUUACAUUAUGUCGUAAACUGAUCCUUUCAGAUUGCAAAGACGGCGCAUACGUGCCGUUAAGUCCUGACGAAUACGUCAUCUUUCCUAAUUUGACAGUUUAUCACAGAGCGACGAACAGUACUUUCAAAUUUGGAGAGUAUCUAAUGAGUGAAAAGUUAAACAAAAGAGGCAUCUCUAAUACAACUCAAAACUCAUGGAACUCAACAAUUUCUGUUUGUUUGCCGUUUAAAACAACUUUUAGAAAAACCGAAACGAAAUACAGUACAAGUUAUGGACUACGAAUUCUGACAAUAAUUGGUUUCAGUGUUUCAACACUUUGCCAUAUAUUACUUUUGAUCACCUAUGGAUUAUUUAAAGAAUUAAGAGCCGUUUCAGGAUUGAACUUAAUGAACUUGAGUUUCUCAAUGUGUCUGUCACCACAAGUCAUGUGGUUGACAGGUACGGCUAAUUUUCAAGGAACAAUAGUUUGCGAAGUCUUAGCAAUACUGGAACACUAUCUUCUACAAGUAUCCUUUUUGGCCAUGUCCAUCAUUUCACAUCACACAUGUCACGUUUUAUCACAACCUUUCAUUGGGAGAAGUGCCAACACAUCGUCGCGAAGGUUUAUCAAGUAUUCAGCAUUCCUGUGGCUAACUCCUGCCGUAUUUGUCGCAAUCUGUGUCACCUUGGACAAAACUGAAGUGUUCCUAGUGGAUUAUGGAAUGAACUGUUGGUUGGGAACUGCAAAUGCUAAGCUGUUUUUAUUCUUAUUACCCCUGGCAGUAUUACUACUCUAUAAUAUCUACAAAUUUAUCCAAACAGCAGUCAGUUUAUCUCGUCAUGCUAAGGACAGAGAGAUCUUACAACGCAAAGAAGGAAAACAGAAUCUUCUCAUCUGCACAAAACUUGCAACUUUGGUCGGUUUCCCUUGGCUGUUUGCAUUCAUUGGCGUGUUAUUUCCCGAUGUAGAAGCGCUCGAGUAUUUGUUUGUUGUUUUUGUUUGUUUACAAGGAUUGUAUGUAGGAAUGGCGUUCCUAUUUAACAAGAAGACUCUGAAACUGUAUAAGGAUCGAUGGAAUAUCGGCUCCAGAGGAAAUAUACCUCAUACCGGUACCAAACAAAGUUUUGAAUUGAAGUCCAGAUUGACUGAUCCAAAAACUACUUCUGUGUAA